UGUUAUUUAUAGAUAUUUUGUUAUUAUGAGUGGACUCUCAUGAGUAUAUGAGUUGAGUCCAAGAGUCGAGUCUAUAGAAUUUUUACGAGUCUACGUAAAUUCUCGAGUUUGAUAAUCUUGUUGGCAAUAGGUCCGCGAAUACCCUUACUUUUGUUUGUUUUGCUCUCUAUUACAGAAUUACAUUAUGUGACACAGCUUGGGUAUGAUAGUUUUGGCUGCUUCUGCUAUUAACUGAGCUACUUGUCUUCCUACCAUGUUGUUUCUUCCUUUUUCAUGCCUUAUAACCUUCUUUUCCUUUCUCGUUGUUUUUCUUUUCUUUUCAAUGUUUUUCAUUGCCCAUGAUAGCACAGAUAGAUGAAUUAAGAAUGGCAGUGAAAGAAGCUAUAUGUGAAAAUGAAGGUGAACGUAAAUUAUAUGAAGAAGCCCUCAUUGCCAUCACAGUUGAUGAGCCUCUAAAACGUUACUGCCAACGGAUUGUGCGACCUGAUUUCUGGGGAGGAGAAUCAGAGCUACUGCAUUUAGGCGGUGGUUUUGGAUCUGGUUUUAUUCCCAUUGCAGAUUAUGGAAGUGAGUUUAGAAAGGGUUCUAGCCGAAAAGCUGUGAGGCUAUUGUACAGCGGUAAGAACCAUUAUGAUCUUCUACUAUGAGGAACCAUAUCAACGAAGGAAAAAGAAGAAAAAGAGUGGGAGAUUCAAAUGCCAUUUUGUAGCGAUUGUGUUAUGUUAGAACCCACAUAUUUUAUCAAGGGAUUUAGCUUAGUUGGAUGAGCUGUGAAUUAUUGUAAACCACAUUAUCUUCGAUUCCCGUGGAUUAAAAAAAGAUUCCAGAUAUUUUUUUUCUUUUCUUUUUGUUUUACCCUUUUGGUUAGAAUCCACCGUGAAUCCCUUGUUUUUGGUACUUAAACGAAGUAUGUCAAAAACAAUUUGAGGUUUUCUUUGAAUAGGAAGCAAUAUAGUGGCUGUUCUGUUUUCUA